AUGGUUCGAACUGGAACGUCUGGAUGCAUGCUGAUUGACACCUCACUGUAGAGUCUGCUAUGUUUACGACCUCGAUUCCAAACUAAAAACGCACUUCCGAUGUCACAACGCUAGCAUAGAAGAAAUUACAGGAAGUGGUAGAACCAUCGCUAUCAGAAUGCGCGGCAUAGAUAGCACCGCAGGAGCUGUUUACACAUGGAACGCCAUCGAACGAUUCACUCGAUGUUGGGAACCCCAGCCUGAAAGAAGGAAUCAAUGUAUGAUAGUCGACGAACAAACAAAGUCGAUUGUUAUCCUCGCCGUAAGUGAAACUCUGAAAUCUAGCCGCUUCACAGCCAAGCGCUACACACUCGACGGGGCGCUCUUAUCCGAGCACUUUUCCGACGUGUGCGUCAACGCCGACUUUAAAUUCACCGACUCCCUGGUUGCAGAGCCCAUGGACUACAACAGUCGACUGUAUCAUUUAAGAGACCGCAAUCUUUCGGGAUCGGACAGAUGGAGCACCUCUGGUGUAAAGAUGUGUUCAGUCGUGUUUGACAAUCAAGCCAACAAAUUCAUCUUGUCGGCUGAGCCGUCCAUGUGGCUUGAAGGAAAACCGGCGAAGACAUUCAGAUGGAAGACGGUAGUCUAUUUCAUCUCACGGCAAUAUGGGCUGGCAACGUACGAAAGUUGGAGAAAGAAUGAGUCUAGGAGUAAUGGCGGGGAAUCUUUCCCUGAUGAUAAAGGGCGGCGGCUUUUGUUUACGACUGCGCCCGCUACAUACCCGGGUUACAAGGUUCUCAGAGGGAACGAGCAGUUUGUUGUGGAGUUCGCGCGGAAGUCUUUAAUGGUUUGGUGCUUUGACCGAGGCGUUGAAUUGCCCGCGAGCAGUUUCGAGUAGUGCAGUCACGUGGGCGACGUGGCACUGAUUCGUCGGAAUCCCCCGAAUGGCCGAGCCUGAGGCUGACGAACGACAGUUGUGGGGGAUUUGACUGCCCGCCGAUAAGCUGAAUUUAUUUUGCGACACAAGAA